GCGUUUUUACGCAGCGCUCUGACGCACUGAUUCAGUUUGGUUCAGUUUGGUUCAGUUUGGAUCAGUUUGGAUCAGUUCGGCUGCGCUCAGCUGCAGCUUUAUCUCGUCAUCAUGAACUGGUUCGAGGGUUCGAUUCCCGACGCGAUAAACGAGGCCAAACGGCGCAGUCUGGUGUUUGUUGUGGUCAUCACAGGAGACGAUGCUCAGUCCAGGGAGCUGCUGUCCACCUGGGACGACCCGGGCGUGACGGAGGCGGCGCGGGACUGUGUGGCCAUCAAACUGCACGACAAGAGUGAGGCGUGUGGACAGUUCUCCCAGAUCUAUCCGGUGGUGUGUGUUCCGUCGAGUUUCUUCAUCGGGGACAGUGGGGUUCCUCUCGAGGUCAUCGCCAGCUCCAUCUCCGCCCCCGACCUGGUGUCCAAGAUCCAGACGGUCAAACAGAUGCACCGGGGGCAGACUGCAGGUGGCGCUGUCCAACCCUCCACCUCUUCAAACCAGAGUCCAUCACAAACUCCAGAGACUCCAGCGGCUCCGGUGGCCUCGUCCUCGUCCUCGUUCUCGUCUUCGGCUGUGGCUCCGAGUCCAGCGCAGGAAAAGUCCAGUUCUGUGGAGGAGCGAGCCGAGCAGAGGAAAACCCCCGAGGGUGAGACGAAAGGUGAACUUGAACGGCGUAAACUGGGCAAAGAGCUGCAGGAUUUUAAGAGGAAACAGGAAGAAGAUCAAACCAAAAGACUUUUAGAAGAACGACAGAAAGAGAAGGAAGAAGAGAGAGCAGCGAGAGAGAGAGUCCGACAACAGAUCGCACUGGACCGAGCGGAGAGAGCGGCUCGAUACUCCAGGAGCGUCCAGGAGGAGGCGGCGGCAAAAGAAGCACGAACACAGGCACAAAUCCAACAGCAGGAGAACAAGAAGGAGGAGGCGCUCAGGCAAAGGAGCUCUGUGGCUCGUCUUCAGUUCAGACUUCCUGAUGGAUCGUCCAUCUCAUCUCAGUUCUCGGCUCAGAGUCUCCUGAAGGAGGUGCUGCACUUCGCUCAGCAGGAGAUAGGAAGUGCGUACGGAAACUUCACCAUGGCAACCAUGUUUCCUCGGAGGGAGUUCUCGUCCCAAGACCUGGACCGGACUCUGACGGAGCUGGAACUGGCCCCGAGCGCCUCCAUCGUUAUACUGCCUGAGUCGUGCCGUCCUCCCUCUGCUCUGGCUCCUUCUUCUUCUUCUCUCUGGACGUUCCUGGGGACUCUGUUCUACCCCCUGCUGGCCGUCUGGAGGAUCCUCAGCUCCUUCAUCUUUGGCUCCGGCUCGUCCACAGGGGGCGCCACCGCCGCCGCCAACAGAACCGCCGACAGGACCGCCAACAGAACCGGGGACAGGACGCAGAGGGAGAGUCUGACGAAGCAGAGUCUGGAGAAACAGCCCAAAAACUUCAAAAAAGACGGAAAGAUCUGCCGCCUCCGGACGCAAGAGGACAGCGAAGACGAGAACAACACGUGGAACGGGAACAGCACGCAGCAGAUGUGAGGGGCUCCACGAAAGAGCUGAAGGUCACCAAGAAACAUCUGAGGGUCUCCACUAAGAAUGAUCGAACCAUGUUUGAGGAGGACGUGGUGAGAUGUUUGAGGAGGACGUGGUGAGAUGUUUGAGGAGGACAUGGUGAGAUGUUUGAGGAGGAGGUGGUGAGAUGUUUGUGGAGGACAUGGUGAGAUGUUUGUGGAGGACGUGGUGAGAUGUUUGUGGAGGACAUGGUGAGAUGUUUGAGGAGGACGUGGUGAGAUGUUUGAGGAGGACAUGGUGAGAUGUUUGUGGAGGAGGUGGUGAGAUGUUUGUGGAGGACAUGGUGAGAUUCGGUUUGUCGAGCACCGGUCAAACGUUCAGACGGACUUCAGUUCGGUUCCUUUAAAAUGUGACACUCGGAGGAGAAUGAUCCCAGAGUCAGAGCUGCACUUUGGAGCUGACGGAAACGUUCUCCCAGGUCAGAACGUCUCUGAACGUUUGAGCGAUGGUCACUUCUGUUUCAGACUCAGAUUAAACAGUUUUAGAAAAUCAAAUGUGGAGCUGAAUAUUUGGUGCAGAUAAAAGUCGUGUGUGUAAAAUCAUCUGCACCGUGAAGGAUUUCUAACAUAAACUCCUCAUGUAUAACUUAAAUAAAAUUUAAUAUUUUAAACUAAAAA